AUGCCGCGCUUUGGAUUCUCCCAGUGGGCCAUCUCGCCCUUCAGUUCUCAAGACGGUGCCCCCGAUGUGACGCCUGACGACUACAGCUACAUCACGUCGGCCGAUCUGGAAAACCGCGGCUUUGCGCCUCGCCCCUACAUCGUCGAUCCACCACAGCCCUACAUUCACGACCCGUACUCGACUUCUGCCCCGGCCCCCCCUCCGGUCUUCAAUCGACGCCACCCGGAGGACGAUGUCUUGUUGAUCAAGCACCAAAACGUCACAUACCCGGAGCACUUUCCGCCCUUUACCAUUGGUGACGGAAAGCUGCUCGUCGGAGACAUUCGCGAACGUGUCCAGAUGAUUCUGCACCUCUCGGAUCGCCAAGCCAAGAGAAUUAAGCUUUACUACAAAGGUCGUCGUCUCAAAAACGACCAGGCGCCCGCGUGUGAAUACGGCGUCAAGAACAACAGCGAGAUUCUCAUGGCACCCGGGGAAUCCCGUCGCGAAAGCGAAAGCGAUGCGAGCGAGGAAGUCGUGACUGUCAACCAGAACAGGGCCGACCGAUACGGCGCACAGCCCAGCUCGCCCAGGUUUGACAGGACAGCCAGAUGGGAUGACUGGAGCCCCCGGGGCAGCGACUCGCAAGUUGGUCUCGACGUUCCCACCCACAGCACUAGGCAACGCGCAGCAUCGAACGUUCGAACUCAAUCGCCUGGCUCCUCAGCCUCCGUUGCGAGUGCUCCUUCUGCACCACUGGUUGGCGUACCCGGUGGCCCCCUUGAGAAGCUCAACAUCAUCGCCACCGAUUUCAACAGCAAAUUGCUACCUCUCUGCCAUGAAUUCAUCGCUCAGCCCCCCAACGACCCUAAGAAACGGGUGGAUGACCAUCGCAGGUUGUCCGAAACAGUUAUGCAGCAGACUAUCCUGAAGCUUGACGCAGUUGACACCUCUUCUGAGGAAGGAGCGCGUGCUAGGCGAAAAGAAUUAGUAGUCCGCGUGCAGGACAUCCUAAAUCGGAUGGACAUUGCAAAGAACCGCACUUGA